AUGGAUCGUUGGUCCAGUUCAUCCGGUCCAGAUGGCGCGAUAAACAACCCUUGGACCAAGCUACCAUUCCACGGCAAGUAUGUCGAACUUCAACGCAAAGCAAAUGAGAACAGACACAAGAAGCAUUUGAGAUUUCGAUCAGGGUCCAUUUUGAUCACCGAUGGCGCCACACCCACAGGCCGUCAAAUUGCUACCAUCCUCAACAAAAAGGGGCACUAUCGAAUUCACGCCCUCUAUCCACCCGGCUAUUUUCCCCCAAAUGUCCCGCCGACGGAGCGGAAAAGGCUCGCAUACCCCGUGGACAAGAUGCACUUUCUCAAGCCGGUUUCGGGAUACGAAAAUUACGUGUCGUGGUACGAUGCGGUUGUGGAAAUCUGCCACAAACAUGAUAUUCACUACAUCAUACCACAACACGAUACCAUGGCAGUCUUCGCAGCUCGUAUCAGGGAACUCAGGCGGCGCGGUAUAUGUGUCCAUACUCCCAGGCUGACGUCGAUUCACUCCAUUGUCGACAAGCUAGCAAUGUAUCGCAUGUUGAGGGACCUUGGGAUUUGGCACCAUCCCUGGGUCUUUCUCGGAAAGGAGACCAACUCCCAACACGCAAUCAUGCAGACUGCUGGCUACAUCGAAGAUUCGGGAAACUAUCCGGUCAUGUUGACAGACCGUACGGAAGGGUCGGAUUCAGUCUAUGUGCGCAUCGGGUCGAAGAAGCAGCUGGAAGACUACAUUCUCGAGGACGAACGCAAGAGCGCAACGGAAUUCUUGCACCAGACCCAAGGUAUCUUCAACAACGGCAAGCUGGAGAAAUGGCAUGGUUGGACCCUCCUCCCCGUGCAGCAAGAAACCACCUCCCAUUUUCGCAAAACAUCGGCUCAUUACCAGAGGGCAGUGUUGGUUCUGCAAAAGAUUGGGAUGCAUCUAAAGUGGCAUGGCGGUCUGAGCGUGACCUUUUGGCUGCCGAUUGACGAAACCGAAGCCGAGCCCAGAGUGAUGAGGAUCGAUAUGGGUAUCCACGAGCCGAUGAACGCAUACUAUUCACGAGUCGACCUAAUCGACGCACUAUUGGAUCUGAGACUUCCGGAAAAUUCAGGAACUGAGUGGGAGGACGGUUCCAGGUGGCAGGAUCCUGACCUCGCUUUUGAUAUGCCCCAGAAUCUCGCGGAGGAAGAUGCUGCAGCAGACGUGACCGGGAAAGGCAAAACCAGCGUCGGACAGAACGACGUGGGGGAUGACGAUGACUCAAAACACUUUCCCUUGCGAGUGAUACUGAUGCCCGACUUUGACCCACCGACUCGUUGGCGUGGCGUGCAAGUUCAAGCUACGGCAGACGUCAACUCCAGCAGUGCAUCUAGAUUGUCUCGCGAGCUUACUGUGGUAGCAUCGUCAGAUGACGAUUCUAGUCCAGAGGAUAAAAUAAACUCCUGGCGCACGUUUCACACGCUGCGUACCUACUUGGGAGUGGAGGGGCACGGUGGCGAUGGUCCCGAGGAAACAGAUUUGGCCAUUUUUGAAGCCGCACUCCCGAAUGGUGGGAGGUGCAAAUGGAAGACGGGCGUCGCGACACGUCAAUUCGUUUUGGAGUCUGAACAAAGGAUCACGGAAAGUCAGGAGAAAUCCAUGCUGAAAAGAUUGGCCACCGUCCUCGGCGAUACGACCUGGCGAAAGGCCAAAGAAGAACACACCCCCUUUUUCUUGAACCCUUGGACAACUAGCAUUCAGAACAUGUAUAACGUGGCUAAACAGGUCAUAGACUUGUCAGUGAAGGGCAAACCGGGACCGACACUGUUAUCCACGCUCCUCCGCGACGACUGGCCACGGCCGAAUCCGAGAGGGCUGAGACGUGAUCAAUACGCCAAAAUCUUUAAGACACAUCUAUGGGACGGACCUGAAAUGCCUGAUGGACCUUGGGGUCUCGCUCUUCCGGUGGAAUCACACUACCACGCCAAGAGGUUUCGUGUUCACAGUCAAAAAGGUGUCCCUUCCCGUAACGUUGCCUAUCAGUUUUUUGUCAGGCAGGGUCGCGCGGACAAUACAGGCACUCUCCUCCCGUUGGGGCAUGUAUCUCCGAACGACCCCAACAAUGAAGUCUUUUGUACGCCCGUGAUGCUUCCUCCGACUCCCUUUGACCUUAUCUGUGUAGGCGAAAAGCCCGAGACUUGGAAUAGCUGGACCUUUGUUCCGGACCCUUAUCGACCUCGCGAAGGUGUGUUGAUUCCCUCUCACGAUUUGCCGAGAACGAAGCACAUUGUCAUUCCCGAUGACCGUCAGCCUUGGGAGAUGACACCAGGCCGAUGCUUCUUCUACCGUGGUAGCAGAGGCCAUGUUCCGCGUCAGAACCGACCUUACAGAUAUCGGAUGGAUGACAAUCUGCGGUACAUGGUCCACGACCGGAAAAGAAAGCUACCCAACCCUCCAAAGGACUGGUACUUUGUGGAUGAUACUCUCCCUCCUCCCGUUUCUUUGAAAGAUAGCUUUCAACCCAUUGUCCCGCUGGUCCGCGGCAUUCCUCGCACAGAUAUCGCCUAUUUCUACCAUCAUACCACCCACUACAGUCGGUCGUACAUGGGUAUAUUUGUUCCUGCUGAUCACCGUGAGUUGGUGCAAAAGCCGGUCUAUAACUUUUAUCGCCCAACGCUACUAGAACCUGUUCCGGAAUCACCACCAACAAGCUCGUCGGCCGACCAAAGCCCGCAGCUUGACUCUGAGAGGGAUACCGAAGAGAGGGGGACGCCUGCCGAGCCCGAACAGGAGCAAGAUCCAAAAAAUGGAUGA